AAGGUGAGAUUAUUCUCAACCACUCCACCGCCGGAGUACAAGGCGACUUGCGAAGAAAAGGACGUGAUUACUGAACUGAAGGAGCUUAAGAAAACUUUAUCUAGCAAUUCUGCUGAGAAGCCACCAAUUUCUGAAGAUAAACCAGCGCCAGUGGAGACGCCACAGAGUCCCGUGCCAACAUCGCCAUCACGUCACAAGCAAUGCAAAGGAUUCUUCAAGUUUUCCACCUUCUGCGACCCAUUCGUGCCCAUCGAUCCGCAAGGACGCGUUUACAUCACCUGGCUACUUCUGGUGACAUUCUGCUACAGCUACAAUGCAUGGUGCAUCGCCUUACGCGCCACCUUCCCUUACCAAACGAAAGAGAACACUCCUAUAUGGAUGACUGCUGAUUACUUCUGCGACCUGGUGUACUUGCUUGAUUUGUUGCUCGUUAAGCCACGACUGAUGUUCCUGCAUGAAGGCUUCUGGGUUGACGAUCCUAAUGAGACGAAGAAGAAUUAUAUGAAGAAACUGCAAUAUAAAUUCGAUGUAAUUUCGCUGACUCCUCUGGACCUUUUGUACAUCUACUUUGGCACGCAGCGAGUGGCGCUUCGAUUCCCAAGGUUACUGAAGCUGCAGACCUUCUGGGAGUUCCACCAGGCUAUGGACCGAGUGCUCUCCUCACCUUAUGUGGUGAGAAUCGGCAAGACCCUAUUCUACAUUUUCUACUUGAUCCAUCUCAACGCAUGCGCAUACUACGCCAUGAGCGACUACAUCGGCCUCGGCUCCAACGGCUGGGUGUACGACAACGAGGGCAACGCGUACAUCCGCUGUUUCUACUUCGCGACAAAAACAGCGACAUCUAUCGGCAAGAACCCGAAGCCGGAGCAGACUAUAGAGUACCUGUUCAUGACUGCGGCUUGGUUGAUGGGUGUGUUCGUGUUCGCGUUACUGAUCGGUCAGAUAAGGGAUAUUAUAGCGACGGCUACGAGGGCUAGGGCAGAGUACCGUAAGACAGUGGACGGGUGCAGCCGGUACCUGCGGCGACUCAACAUGCCGGUCGCGCUGCAGCGCCGCGUCACUCUCUGGUUCACGUACACCUGGAGCCAGCAGAGAUGCUUUGGUCUUUCAGAUGAGUCGAGGAUACUGAACUCGCUACCGUUCAACAUGAAGCGAGACGUGGCGCUGGCCGUUCACAUGUCCACCUUGAGCAAGGUGCAACUGUUCCGCGACUGCUCCGACUCCUUGCUGCGGGACUUGGUGCUGCAGCUGCGGCCGGUGUCGUUCCUGCCGGGAGACCUGGUGGUGAGACGGGGGGACGUGGGCCACCAGAUGUACAUCAUCAAGUCUGGCGAGUGCUGUGUGAUGUCCCACGACGAGAGUGAGGUGCUGGCAACGUUGCGUGAGGGUUCUGUGUUCGGUGAGAUCAGUCUACUCGGCAUCGAGGGACUGCGCCGGCGCACGGCUACUGUCAGAUCCCGUGGCUACUCCAGCCUCUUCGCUCUCUCCCGUAACGACCUAGACGCAGCUCUCAAAUACCACAAGGAAGCCGCCAACAUCCUGCGUCUCCGAGCUGAUCAGCUCAUCCGAGAGAACGCCGCCCGCCUCGUCAAACGCAAGCAGUUGGAGGCGAAGAAAUCUCAUGAGGAGUCACACGGCCUCAGGCACAGGAAGAUGUCGUCUGCGUCCAGUAACCUCGCUGAAGGGAAGAAGACCAGGAUGGCCAGCGCUGCAGCUAAGAGGAGGCUGUCUGCUGUUUCAGAGAAUAAGGGUGUACGCGCCUCGCUAGCGUCAGCUUGCAGCGGCGUACGUACUCCUCUACCCACCAUCGUACUGUCCAGCGAUUGAAGAUUCCACCAAACAUUCCAUUGAAAUCGUUUCCUUCUUUGCAUUUAUUUUAGAAUAGAACAUAAUAUAUUGUUUUAAAUUGUUUACGGUGUAAUAUAUUUUGUGUUUUAAUAGAACAAUAAUUUGAUUAAACAAUAACUGAUUAUAAGCAGUCUAUUUUCGCAUAACCGAAAGAAAGCGGGGAGAUGUAAUGUAUUAUUUAAAUACUGUAUAAUUUUAUUUAUGUAGUAGUUUUAAUGUAUUCAAUCGGGGUCAUGUAGGUAUAGUAGAAUUGGUUAUAAUAAUUGUCUAUUCCUGGUCAUGAUUUCGAUUAUAUAAUGUGCCAAUUUAUCAAUAUCUCGGUGUUUUAGUGUAAACGUUAUAUUAUCUAAAUGUACUUAAAGUAGGUUGCAGGUAGAAAACUAAGCCUUACUUUAGAUCGCAUAGCUGUGGUAUUGCAUACUUUUGUGGAGACCGCAAGCUAUUUAAACUAAGCCACUACGACAAAGGGUUCAUAUAAUCCAUUUCCAGUCGACUUACCUUUAUGUAGAUUCUAAUUAUCUUCAGAAUGAUUUGCAGAUUGCAUUCUUGCAUAUUACUAAUUACUAUAUGUUGUGCCAAGUUCCCUUUCGAAAGAAUUCAACUUUCGCCACUGCGGAAUUAUGUUCUUUGUGUAAUUUUCUCAGCCAAACUCACUUUGCUUAGUCCUUGGUCUGCAACCGGCGUAUCCUUAGGUAUUAAUGGUUAAAUACCCUGUAAUUAACCAGUUACAUUAUGUAAUGUUUGUAGCGUGUAUGCGUUGUUAUAUACGCAUUUAAAACCUUCGUGGUACUAUAAACAAAUAACGAAAAUAAUUACGCUAAAUUGCGAAGAUAUGUCGAUUAACAUUUAUAGAACUUCUUACUAAAUUUUAGACAUACAGUCUUAAUUAUAAAAAAAUCGCAAAGCUAUGCUUAGUUAAAACACAAAUUUAAUCGAUGAGCUGUAAGUCAAAACCCGCCAUCUUUCGUCUGAAUAAGGUUUAAACUAGGAAACCGGUGUUGUUUUUGCUAAUUAUUGACAAGUUUAUAAGUAAGACUGUAUAUGUCAAACUAUGACUAAAAAUUCUGCUAUCUAAUAAAGAUUUAGUAGUGCUGUAUAAUAGGUAACAUUGGGUAGAUUGGAAGAGU